UAGAAUACAUAGGGACUGAUCAAACCAAGCAAGCUAAGCUUCCUCUAAUAGCUCAAACCAUUCCCUCUUCACCUAUUGCUAGUCUUUUCAACAAAACACAAACCUUAUUAAUCAUUCAACAUGCUGACCUCAAUUAAUCAUGAGCUAGUUGUUGGAACUCCAAUCAUAUAUCAUCAGUUUCAAAAUUCGAUUAACAGAUACUUACUUGGUUCUGCCUCUCAUCAAUGCCAAUAUCCAUCCAAGCAUCAAAGCAAAAGUUUAACAAAUUCGAACAAGAAAAGACUUGCUAGGAAGGCUGAUAGUCUCUCACAAAGAGUCCAAGAACACGUGAGAGUUGGAGCAAACAUAUCUAAAACAAUAAAGAGAACUUUGAGCUUAGGGGCUCAAAUUCUUCAAAUGGGUGGAGUGGAGAAAGUGUUUACGCAAUAUUUUAGUGUGACAGAAGGAGAGAGGCUAUCAAAAGUUUCACAGUGUUAUCUAUCCACCACAUCUGGUCCUCUAGCUGGUCUGCUCUUCAUCUCCAAUGAAAAGGUUGCCUUCUGCAGUGAGAGAUCAAUAAAAGUCUUCAAUCAGAAAGGUCAAAUGCGUAGGAUCCGAUAUAAGGUGGCCAUUCCACUGAAGAAUAUCAAGUGUGUGAAUCAAAGUCAAAAUGUUGAGAAGCCAACACAAAAGUACAUAAAGAUAGUUACAGAAGACGGUUUUGAUUUCUGGCUUAUGGGUGUUCUAAAAUAUCAGAAAACUUUCAAAUAUCUCGAGCAGGCAAUUUCUCAAUCAAGAGUAGAUGAAUAUAACAAGUCCACUAUUAGUGCAUAAUAACAAAGAAUUUAAGAUAUAACAUACAACAUGCAACGAAAUUACAGUUGUUAUUUGACCUGAGAUUGACCGUUGAAAAUAGAUGCACAUGGUUCAUUCAUAUCGUAUCAGAUGCAAAUUUUGCUGUCAACAUAUUGUUGAUAAAGUUAUUGAUGCAAGAGAUCAUUCGGCGCGUGCUCUUUAACAAAACCCCAUGCCAUGACUGUUAGUAUAGGGACCGUAUCGGCAGAAAGUAUUCAUUCAUCAACAGAGAGGUCUAUUUUGAGGUGAAUGAAGGGAGAUUAUUGUUAUGGUAGAAAAGAAGAUGGAAAGCAAUGUAAAUAGAAAGAUAGAAAAAACUAUUAGAAGUUUUAGUUUCAGGCUGUUACUUGCGGCUUAUUAUGUGCAUGCUUUCAAGAACUUUGAAAUGGUAUUAAAACCGUUCAAUUUUUUUUUAUAAAAUUUGUCUAUAUAGGAUAGGAUAGUCAUGGUGCAAGAGGAAAAAGAUACAAUUUUUCCAUUUAUCACUCUCCAGAGACCAUAUAUAAUAUGUGACUACUUUCAAACAA